GUUAUCGUAUUUUAAAAUGCACGAUAUUCUUGCACAUUUCAUCAAAGUAAAAGAUCGUAUACCAACCCGUUUCAAUGUCUCUAUUAUGUUGUUCAUGGCUUGUCUUAUCAGCUAUAUGCUGCGAGUUAAUAUGUCCGUUAAUAUACUUGCAAUGGUGCAGCCGAUACAACGAAAUGCUCCACAAUCAACUAAUGUUCAGCUGAAUAACUAUGGUCCACGAUACAACUGGAGCUCACACGACCAAAGCAUCAUCUUAGGUGCUUAUUUUUACGGCUACCUGUUAUCGUCGUUGCCGGCCGGUAUUUUUGCGGAACGCUUCGGUGGACGUAAUAUGGUUGGACUCUCGUUGGCAUUUAGCGCUUUCCUCACCGCGCUGACUCCUCUUGCUGCCAGCAGUGGUAUGUGGACCACAUUCGCCAAUCGAGUAGCACUAGGAAUUUUGGGUGGUUUUCUGUAUCCCGCGCUUCAUAAUCUGAUUUCCAAAUGGGCGCCUCCGGACGAGAAAGGAAAAUUUGUUUCGGCUCUAAUGGGUGGCACAUUUGGCACUGUGGUUACGUGGCCGUUAGUUGGAGUUAUAAUUGAGACUCUUGGUUGGUCCUUUGCAUUUUACAUUCCUGCUGCUAUAUCCGCCUUCGUUGCUGCUUUAUGGUAUAUCGUUGUAGCUGAUAGCCCUGCAUCACAUCCCCGAAUUAAAUCAGAAGAAAAAGAAUACAUCGAAAAGUCACUUGGUGAUACAAUCUCCAAAUCGAAACUUUUACCACCAAUUGUGUCACUUUCAACGUCACCUCCGUUCUUAGCACUCCUUGUUUUGCAUUUUGGCAAUCUGUGGGGCUUAUACUUUUUAAUUACUGCUGCCCCCAAAUUUAUUAGUGAGGUACUUGGAUUUAAUCUAGCCAAAGCUGGAUUUUUGUCCGCACUGCCAUAUUUGGCUCGAUCAAUCGCUGCAUUUUUUUUCGGAACAAUUGGUGAUAUGCUGCGAAGAAAAUCCAUCAUAGACGUCACGACAAUAAGAAAAUCUUUUUGUAUUUUUUCUCACAUAAUACCCGGAUUAUUCCUAGUUGGACUGAUCUACAUUGGUUUCAAUCCGUACGUUUGUGUCGCCAUCAUCACACUCUCACUCGGAUUCAACGGUGCAUCUACAAUGACUAAUCUUCAAAAUUCCCAGGACCUAGCGCCAAACUUUGCUGGGACGUUAUACGGAAUCAUUAAUUUCGUAGGAACAUCUAGCGGCUUUAUUUCACCUAUCCUGGUGGCACAUUUCACUGCCGAACAAAGCACUAUGGCGGAAUGGCAAUACGUCUUCAUGAUUGGAUCCGCCGCUUAUAUCGUGCCGGCGCUGAUUUUUGUUGUUUUUGGAUCGGGUCAAGUGCAAAAAUGGAAUGAACCGAUAAAUUCACAACCAAAUACGAACGUACCUGGUUAGACCUGAUCAUUCGUCAAUCGUUAGACAGCGCUCUAUUUCUUUCUAUCUGAGCUACAUUUCACUUACUUACUUUGGAUAACUGUAUCAAACUAUUUACAAUAUGACGAAAUCUUACCACAUAACAAACAAUUCAAUAGAUGAAAACUUGCAGAAGCAACGGAACUAUCUUACUAGCAAAGUAUUAUAUUGAGUGAUAUGAAAAAUGGAACGAUACAGUAGUACAGAAUUUUAAUGCUAAAGUUUCGUACUAAUAAGCUAGUGUAAGGAAUAAUUCUUUGUCAUCAACGAAAAACGAUAACCCUUGUUGAACUAUAAAUUCGGAGAUCUGCGCAGGUACUUCUUCAUACAAUUUCUUAUGAAAAACAGUAAUCACACUAUCUACCAAUUGUAAAUGCUUUGAUAAUUCAAUAAUUUUAAAAAUUUGUAAAUUGGUUCUUUGCAUAUAAACAAUUAUAAUUAACCAUAGGUAGGAUAAAUGUCACAAAAGUUGUAUAGUUUUUCAAUAAUGUUAUGCUGUUUUAGUCAUUUGUGUCUCCGAGAUAAUGUUUCAACAAAGUAAUUUUGGCUUGUUAGCAAAGCUCAGCCAAAAGCAUAACAUACCCCCGAUUAUCUGACAUUGUUGUUUGUAGUAAAGAAAGAAAGAAAAAUAUUAUAAAAAUAUAGUUUGCACACUUGUUAGGGGCUCAAUAAUCGAAAGCGUAGGAUGUGCCACAAACGAAUGAUUUCAGUUUCAAAUCACAACUGAGCCUCCCCCGUACGCAAGACAGACUAUCCGGAUACUUAAAAAGAGUUCAAGCUAAAGAAAAGCCUCAACAAGACAUACCUUGACCGAACACCGGUUGUUGAGUCAUUUAAAUAACAAAAAAAGAUCUACACACAAGGUAUACUUUAAAUCAUUAUAUUAAUCACAAGGUGUAUAAAUAAUCAAGUUUGAAUAAAAAAAUUAAAACGAAGUUUGUGUGAUGCACACAAACAUCAUGGUUUCUUUAUCAAAAGAAUGCAUCCACAUAUUCAAAACAUCAUCUCAAAAUAUUCAAUUUUAGAUAAAAGCUUAUUUCAAGGUAUUGAAACGUAUAAACAUUUAUUAUUGAACCACAUGCUGUUCUCAAAUGUGCCAACAGCAAACAGCUUUAAAGGUUAAAAAUAAGAAAUGCUUAUUUUAAUGCAAGGUUUUGCCAUGGUGACCUAGCUGAAAAAUGUUAUUAGCUUUAUUGUUUGCUUACUUAUUUCAACCAAGCCCGAGGACACUUCAACUCUUUGAGGCAACGUUCUGCGAUAGCUACGUGAUUAAUAUAGACAACAGUUCAUGUUUAAAUGUUGGGUAAGCAUAAAUGAAGGAUUUGCUUGUGAUACUAUCAUGAUAGACUCAUUACAUGAUGUGACAUACAUCGCUACAAUCGUUAGUUUGAAACGCUUACGAAUGAAAAAUAAAAGAAUG